CACAGAGCUUCUCUCUGGUUUUGGAGCUCGGAAGCGCUUCAAUGGCGGAUCAUUAGGGUUUUGUUGAUCAUUCGGAGUUCUCAUCUCGAUCGCAGGAUGGUUAGAGCUAUUGCAGGAUCGUCACGGCGGCGCCGGCGGCAGAGGAACUUUGACAGCAACUUCCCCAAAGGAAUGCGAGUCAUGGCUGUGGAUGAUGACUUGGUUUGUCUCAAGUUUCUGGAGAUCCUUCUCCUGCAUUGCGGUUAUGCAGUGACUGCAACCCAGUAUCCAUGUCUUGCUUUAAACUUACUGAGGCAGAAUAGUGAUGCCUAUGAUCUGGUAAUCAUUGAUGUCCAGAUGCCAGAUAUGGAUGGAUUCCAGCUUCUGGAGUCAAUUGUUGUAGAGAUGGAUAUACCUGUAAUCAUGCUUUCUAUUCACAGUGAUACAAAAUCUGUGACAAAAUGUAUAGAGCAUGGUGCAUGUGACUAUAUGGUGAAACCUGCCCGUUUUGAAGAACUUAAAUUAAUUUGGAAGCAUGUCGUUAAGAAAUCAAUGUCGGAGACAGCUUUUGAGCAUCCGUCGGCUACUGCUGCUCUGCCACUAGGAUCAGGUGAUGGUUCCAGUCAGGCAUCUGGAAAUGAUCAUCCGGACCAAGGAAAGGGAAAGGAAAAUGAAUUACCAGCCAAUGUGUCUGAUGAAGAUAGUUCCCUUGUCAAAAAAGCAAGGGUUACAUGGUCGAGUGACUUGCAUGCUGUGUUCGUUCGAGCUGUUAACACAGUUGGCUUAGAUAGGGCUGGUCCAAAAAGAAUACUCGAGGUGAUGGGUGUGCCUGGGUUGUCAAGACAAAAUGUUGCAAGCCAUUUGCAGAAGUACAGGAGGGCACUUCGGCUAUAUGGGCGAGAUUUUUUUAACAUUGUUGAAGGUGAUGCUGGUGCUGGUGCCAGUGGAGGUGCUGAUACAAGUGGAGUAAAGGCGAAACCUCAAAGAACUAUGGCCUUGGCUCUCACUCAGCCAGUCCCAGAUAAUGGAAGAUUGACUGAGGAUUUAAGGGUUGCUGGAUUUCCAAAUAAUCAAACUGCAGCUCCAGUCAGAGAGACACCAAUGUUUUCACAUCCUAUGAGCAAUCAAAAUGCUCUGGUGCAGACAAGGCCAUCAACCUCUCUAGGUAGCCAGCAAACGAUAAGGCAUAUUUCAUCUCCUUCAUAUCCUGCAUUGAUUGAUCUCACUGGACGACAAGCAACACUGGAUUAUCGAAAUCAACAGUCUUUCAUUUCAACUCUAGAUCAGAUCAAUGAUUAUAUCCGCAAAACAUCUCAAAAUUUUCUGCCUAGCUCUAUUCCACCUGUGCCAACUUUUGCUUCUGGGCCAUCAACUGGAUGGACUACUGGUUUUGUUACGGAUGUUAACUCCUCUCUUGCACAACAUGGUAAUCAGCAGUAUCAAUCUACAGCUCCACUGGUUUCAGUGAUUCCAAGUAAGCAAGAUGUGCAGUGGGGGUCUGGUGCCUAUACAAAGACAGGUCCAAGCUCGGGAGCGCAGAACAAUGAAGCUACUCUGAAUGUGGACAAUCACGCAGUGGCGCCUUUGCAUGGAACUUCUUAUGCAGAAUCAGGAAUUUAUCUCAGUGAGCCUUCAAUUGCAGAUGGUACGUUUCUCUUCGAUGAUGAUAAUGAUGGCGAUGACCUUCAUGCCAUGCUUCGGCAGUUUUCAGUUUCAAAAUAAGUAAUGCCUCCCUGACUGACUGUUAUUCGACAACAAAAACUGCUUUCACUGUACAGGAAAACCAUUGCCAUUGCACGACCGGUGCCGUUGUAAUAUUCCAUAGAACUUGAAGGGAAGUAAAAUCCCUUUCUUCAAAGGGAUCUGUGUGUUAUAUCUGAUCAAAACAUGGAACACAUCAAUCUUGUGCACAUGAGAUUGAGUUUCAGUUGCUGUGAAUAAUUAAAGCAAGCAUUGCUG